GCAACUACACCGUUUGACUGAAUAGUAGAUAAAAAUUUCGUCUCAGUGUUUUGCUUGAAAAUAAGAAAGUCUCUUCGCGUGGUAUUGGAUUUUGACGUGUAGAUUGACUAGGCGAGGUUAUAUUUGAGUGUUCUUAAAAAAUAACACGAGUGUUUUUUCCGUAUGUAUAUUAAUUCCCAUGAAAAUGAAUAUGAGAUCCUUUAGUAACCAAUUUUACUAUUUCGGUUUACUUUUCAUACAAGUCUAUGAAUCUAUAUGCAAAUGAAAAUAUAGUUUAUGUUUACUUAGAUAACUAAUGAGCAAUGACUAAUCGAGCAUGUAGUCAGCGUUCAUGGACAUUUUUGUUGUCUGUGUGGAUUAUCGUUCUGGUGCUGGCAUGGCGAAGAGAGUGAAUAUAUAAGUUUGUUGUUGUGAGGUGCGCGAUAUGAUGUGGUUAGUUAAUUUUUAUUUGUGCAAGUAGUUGUGUUAGGUGUUCCCGGUACAUACCGGACAAUGGUGGCAAAACAAUGGCAGUACGUCUGAAAUGUGGAAGUAAACAAAAUGAGAAACUCUUGUAGGCCUGUACAAAGUACGUCAGUUCGGUGUAGCAAUGACAGGCAUUUCAUAUGUGUUUGUCAUGAGUGAAAAAUAUUUCAGUGGCUGUUCAGUUCUGUUCGUACUUGGCGUUAAAAGACAAGAAUAUAUCUUCGCGCAUGUUAGGUCGUAGCUCUUCCACAGGAGACCUGUGUCCAAAAUAUCGGGGUGUGGUGUGGAGCUGUGCCCAGAACCAUGGAAUUUCGCAGCACUGCACUACAUCACUGCUUCUUUAUUUUUAUGAUGAUGCUCAAUUUAGAUUUCUCAGAAAGCAGAAGGUUAGAACAACCUCGCUAUGACACUGCUUAUGCAUGUGAAAGCAAGACACUAAAAAUUGAAUGCAAGGAUGGAGAAGUUAUUCAUCUGAUCCGAGCAAAUUAUGGACGUUUUUCCAUUACUAUAUGUAAUGAUCAUGGAAAUACAGAUUGGAGCGUAAAUUGCAUGUCACCAAAAUCCCUUAGGGUUCUGCAUACAAAGUGUAGUCAGCAACAGAACUGUAGCGUUCUUGCAAGUACAAGUAUGUUUGGUGAUCCAUGUCCCGGCACACACAAAUAUUUAGAAGCACAUUAUCAGUGUAUGCCAGCUGCAACAACCACAACAACAAACCGUCCUAGCCCUCCAUGGCUAAUAACAUCUCCACCAAGUGUCUGGAAUACAGCAAAGACAGUAACCCUUCGUACUUCGCAGAAGAUGCCAAAUACUCUUGAAAAUUCCCCUGCUAGUUCUACCUCUACAUCAAGUAGCUUGAAUAGUUCAUCAGGCUCUUCUGUCACUUUGAUCCCUGUACCAGAUGCACAUCCUCUUGAUAUUGGAAAGAAUUUAGAUGUGCUGCCAGAUGAUACGGAAAUAACUACGACUGCACAGCCAUCUUCUGCUUCACCUUUUUACAAAUCCAAGCACAAAACAACAGCUACCAAGCCAGUUAUUCUUGAGUACGUGCCAACGACAAGUGUUCCAUGGUUUCACGAGAGUGAUCUAAUGCUCUGUGCUCCAACUACAGCUCGCAAUUUAUUUUGGAAUUGGACGUUGGCUGGGAAAGUGAACGUGCAACCGUGUCCAGGUGGGGCCAUGGGCCUAGCUCGGUGGAGGUGCGUGCGUCAUUCUUCCGCGACUUCUUCGGCUUUGGCCGACUGGUUCCCGGACACACCAGAUCUCAGCGAAUGCAGGUCCGUGUGGCUCACAAGCUUAGAGUCUCGUGUUGAAGAAGGAGAUUCAAUCCUCAGUAUUGCUAAUGACCUUUCCCAAGUUACUAGCAGCAAAACUCUCUACGGGGGUGACAUGAUGACAACUACAAAGAUCAUCAAAAAAAUGUCUCAAAAAGUGUCGGAGGACUUGAAGUACUAUCCGGACCCCAGGCAGAGAGAAGCGAUGGUUACAGAGCUGUUGCAUGGUGUAGUUGUGACGGGUAGCAAUUUGCUGGACAGUUCUCAGCAUCCUUCGUGGCAUGACUUGAGUCACAAGGAACAAAUGAGGGUCGCAACUUCGCUCCUCAUGGGUUUGGAAGAAAAUGCUUUUUUAUUGGCAGACACAGUCACAGAGGCAAAGACUGUCAUUAAGAAUGUUAAAAACAUAUUGCUCAGUGUACGGGUUUUGAAAACACAAAAUGUUGCCACAGAACAAUUUCCUUCUCCGGAAGUGUUUGACCAGUGGAAAGUGAGUCAAGACUGGCUGCAAAUUCCGAGAGGAGCGCUUCUUGAAAACAGUGAAGGAGGCUACGUUAGAUUGGUGUUCGUGGCAUUUGAUCAUCUCGAAGAAAUUCUGCAGCCUCAGUCGGAGUCUGUCAGGGAAAAUGAACAUCUUACUGAGAAAAAAACUGUCACCAAUAUUAGUAGAGUUCUGAAUAGUAAAAUCAUUUCGGCAUCACUUGGAAAAGGAAGACAUAUUCAGUUGUCAAAACCUGUUAGGUUAUCGUUUCAUCACUUACGCACUGAAAAUGUUAGCAAUCCAUCGUGUGUGUUUUGGGAUUUUACAAUAAGUGCAUGGUCAGAUGAAGGUUGCCGUGUGGAAUCUACAAAUUUCACACACACACUUUGUCAGUGUGAUCAUUUGACCAAUUUUGCGAUUUUAAUGGAUGUUCGUGCAUCUUUUGCAACACCUUCUCACCAAAUGGCACUGCAAAUAAUUACAUACAUUGGCUGUAUAAUUUCAGUUGUCUGUCUGGUUUUGGCAAUAAUAACGUUUCAGUUAUUUCGAGGAUUAAAGUCUGAUCGCAUUAUAAUACACAAAAAUUUGUGUAUGUGUCUUCUAGUGGCAGAAGUCCUGUUUCUUGCAGGAAUCGGACAGACAGACAAGCCUUUAGUGUGUGGCAUUGUUGCUGGUUUGCUGCAUUUCUUUUUUUUAUGUGCAUUUGGUUGGAUGUUCUUGGAAGGCUUCCAGUUGUAUGUUAUGUUGAUUGAAGUAUUUGAGGUUGAAAAAUCAAGAAUUCGUUGGUACUAUAUUUUUGCAUACGGUGCUCCAUCAAUAAUUGUGGCAGUUUCAUCUGUUGUGGAUCCAUUCAGCUAUGGCACAGACAGAUAUUGCUGGUUAAGAGCAGAUAAUUUCUUUAUAUUUAGCUUCGUGGGACCCGUAAUUGCUGUGAUACUUGCCAAUCUAGUCUUCUUAAGUAUGGCAAUUUAUAUGAUGUGCCGCCAUGCUAGUGCUUCAACAUCAAUGAAGAGUAAGGAGCACUCUCGUCUAGCCAGCGCGAGAGCAUGGCUAAGAGGCGCAAUCAUGCUGGUUUUCCUGCUAGGAUUGACGUGGACAUUUGGACUGCUUUAUCUUAAUAAAGAAUCGAUCCUUAUGGCAUAUAUAUUUACUGUAUUGAAUAGUUUGCAGGGACUAUUUAUCUUUAUUUUCCAUUGUGUUCAGAAUGAGAAGGUUCGCAAAGAGUAUAGGAAAUUUAUCCGAAGGCACUCUUGGCUGCCCAAAUGUUUGAGGUGUUCAAAACAUGCAAACAGCAAGGAGAGGCACUCGAGUGUGUUCAUGGGUUCGAAUGGGAAUCCUUCUGCCCCCAACUCUCACAGUACAGACAGCUCGGCUCUCUCUCCUCACGGCACAAGUUAUUUCCUACAACGAGGCUGGAGCUUUUGCAGCAACAAAGGAAAGCCAAAUACCACCACAACCACCCCUGCAUUCAAACCAGCCAACGUUAGCUUCUGCAAUCCUGCCUCCUCAAAUUCCUGCGACCAGGAAGUAGAGAACAUUUCGUUUAAAUCGUGCACUCGAGAUUCUGGUCAUGAAGGAUCUGAACAAGAAGAAUCUCAGAGGUUCCAGUACAACACUGCAGCUGUGUGCCACCUCAACAGUCUCAACAGCCUCAACAGGCAGAGUCCGAGGAGCUGUGCAGACAAGCAGAUCCAUUCCCACGCUCAUCCAAACUACCUUGGCAAUGCCUGCGUCAUGUCUCAAAACAAGGAUUGCAACGACUGUGGAGAGCCACUGAACAGUCAAGUAGCAUCUGUAGUUCACUUUGGCAAUAGUACUUCGAGAAUAGCCAAGAAAACUAAUGUUAAUUUGUUUCGCUCCAUUAGUCCAUGGAAUCACACGUAUACGGAGAUUAGGGAAGGUCAGCACGCCCCUAACCACAGCCACACACAUGGACAUUCCUACAUUGUUGCAUCCACAGAAGAUGAUCCUGUUUACGAAGAAAUUGAGCGCAGUGAUGUGCAAGUGUCGGAUAUGAGUGACGAAGAUGGCAAAAGGCAAAGUGAUGUUAGUAGACAGUCAUCAAGAAGUUAUGGGGAUCACCAUCCAUUAAUUACUUACAGUCCAGCAGUAGACCAUAGUUUCCAUUCCUGUUUAGAUGCUGCACUGAAACAGCGACUGCGAGAACUUGAUCAUCAUAGCACGGAAAAUGACUGUAAUAAUCAUUCCAUAAGUCCCACUGCUUCUCCGUACUUUUAUUCUGGUGAGAAUGCUCGUAUGGUUGCAGUGUUGGAUGGGGAGACUGUAGUGUGUCAUCUGCGGUCAGAUGGUCAGUUGUAUCACCAUGAUCCGUGCAACUCCCGGACUGUAAUACAGCCGACAUUUGAAGAGUAUUAACUCUUGCGGUGCUUCAUCGAUAGUUAACUGAAUUUUCAAUGUGCAUUAGCUGCAUUGUAAAUUAAUGAAAAUGUUAUCGAGUAUUUACAUUUUUGUUAUUUCAUGUAUCCUGUCUUCAGCUGUCCCAAAACUAACGGUCAUGUUACUGUUUGUAUUUGGUUUCUGUUAAUCUUUGCCAUUUAUAUGUCAUAUUUUGGGUAUUUAUGAGACCAACCAUUUUUAUAUCUGAACUUUUUUUUUUGUAAAUACUGUAAAUACUGUGUGCUUUGUACGUAUGUAGAUGGACUAUGAAAGGGCAGCUUUUGUUUAGCACUGGUUUUAUAACACAGUGUCCAUAAAGUACUGAGUCAUUUGUAAGUUUAUAUAAACUUGUGAUGUUGGUAUUACAAUGAGCAUCUGGUUACAUAAAAUCAUUAUAAAAGACUGUAUAAAUUGUAAACAAAUGUUACGAACUGGCACAACCAUUUUUAACUAAAUUAUUUGAAGUCAAAAUGCUGUGAUUAUUUACCACCCUUCAUGUGAGUUUUAAUAGCAUGUGCCAUUGUUUUUAGAAAGUAAAACAUUACUUUUGAAUAUCAGUAUUUAUUUUUGAUUUUUAGAAUUACAAUUUUGAAGUUUUAUUGUGGCAAAUUAGGUAAGUAUUCCUGUAUGUUUCUUAGUCGUCAAUAAUUCCUGAUUUGUAUCGGAGUUUCUUACCCUUUUCCUCAGACUUGCCAUAUUUUUAAUUCAAUUUUAGAUUAGGAAAUUGUGGUAAUAUAAACAAAACACCAGUAUUUUACCACUAUAAAGUUACUAUGUGAUUUGAUUUCCCAUAAUUACAAUUUUUAAUUUUUUUGUGUGAAAAGUAUUCAUAUUAUGUACUUAUAAAAAUAUUUUGCUGUGUGAUGUGUCAUUGCAAAUUGACACAUGUUCCAAGUCUUCAUAAUUUCUAUUCGUAGUGAUAUGCCUUGAGACUGGAGGCAUAGUGCUUAAAGGCACAACAGCAUUAGUAGUUAAGGAUAUGUUUAGUUGAUUCCACAGCGUGAACAUGUGUGUAGCCAAACAUUGAUAGAUGCUCAUCAGCUUGUCAACGAAAAUUAAAUACAUAAACUGCAUUCAUGUACUCUUGAGUCAAGCUCACUGCAAUAUGCCUACCUUCUGUUGAGGAAUCAGGCUAUUAUGGGUCCACUGUCCAUUUCUGUAUUUAUGAUGUAACAUUUAGCAAUUUAAAAAAUUAUGUUCUUUAAUACAAACAUUAAUUACUGAAAAUGGCCUGUGCUAGCUCAUAGCCUUGAAUUAUUCUUACCACCAAAGAUGCAGUGUCUAAUUGUAUUGGAUGUACUCCUGGUAUAUAAUGAUACUGAAUGUAUCUACAGCUAUUACAUACGGUGUCAUUAAUUGCUUGUUACUCACUUAUAAGUAAUCAUUAUAAAACCCUCGUAAAAAUACCAACUAAAUAAAUUUGCUACAUUCUGAGUUCAAAAAUUGUUAGCACUUUACCUAUAAACACAUAUAAUUUUACUCUUGUAAUAAAAUUUCUCUGUUAAUAAGUCUAAAUUCCUAAGUACCUUCAGAAACUUCUUAACAAGGCUAUACUGUAUUUGUGGCCAUAUUUUAACAGAAUUUUAACAUUGCAAACACCAUUUAUUAAAAGUUUUUCAUGCAUCGUGUACAACCUUUCUACCAAGUAGUUCACCACUGUCUCACGAAUACCCUAAGACCUAUGUUAUCAGCCACCAGGCAUGGUAACAAUACCCAUGGGGGACUCGCAAAUCGCAAGGCGGGAGUUUAUUCCGAGCUCGUCUUCCACCCACGUGGGACCUUCCUGAUGCCCUGGUAAGGAACCAGGUGCCACGAACCUGGCACGCUCUGAGACGUCAGUGUUCGCCAUGCUCCUGUCCAACCUUAAUACAUUCUUGUGCUAGAAGUCAGCAAAAAAGUCCAAUAAAUUACAAUAAGGAUUAGAAGCAGUGAGCAUUCUUUGUCUUGUCAGCAUAGUAUGCAGUAUUUUCUUUGUGGAGGGCAGUUUUCUGUAGACAGGUAGACAACUGUUAAAAUAUUAUUUUAUCAAAUUUUGAAGCAUUUCCACAUAGAUCAAAAAAAGCUGGAAGUGUAACUUAUCUUUGUUUCCCAUAACUGCAUGUGUUCUUUUACAGUAUUUUCUUCUAUUUUAGGUAUGUAAAAAAUGCUGAUCUGCGCUGUGUUUUUACAGGAUUGUUAUGCACGUGGUGGAUUAAGUACUAGUGUAAAAUUCAAAGAAAAACUAUUCUUCUAGUUAUUUUCAUCUAAAUUGCUGAAUACAGUUUUUUUUUUCCACUAGUUCUGCUGCUGUGUGUAACUUGUAUGUUGUGCUUUUUUUUUUUUUUAGCAGUAUUAUUAUGUAGCAGUGCCGAACUGGUACCAAAACAUAAAACAGCAACGGUGUUAAUAAAAGAACAGCAGAAAUGUAAUUGUGGUCAAUUGCACAUACAUAGGGGCAAAAGUAUGUCAUUUCAAGUAAAAAAUACUUGCAUAGAAAUUAAUCAGUGAAUUUACUAUUACAGUGACUUCAAUAAAGUUCAGAAAUGUUUGGAAAAUAUUUAUAGUACCUAUUUUAAUUAAUUAUCUAUAUGGCAAUAUAUACAUUAAAUAUUAC